AUGAACGACGUUUUGUUUCACGUGAAAAUCUGUGGUGUCACCACGGCGGACGAUGCGCGGAUGAUUGCCGACAGUGGCGCGGACGCCAUUGGUUUGAACUUCUACCCGAAGAGUUCGCGAUACGUUGACGACUCAACCGCGGAGCAAAUCGUCGCCUCGCUUCCCUCGAACAUUCGUCGCAUCGGCGUCUUCGUCAACGAACCGGUCGCUGAGAUGCGACGACGCGCCGAGCGGUUCGGCUUGGAUGCAAUUCAACUUCAUGGUGAUGAAGCGCCCGAUAUGAUCGACGAACUGGACGGGCUCACCGUCAUCCGUGCGUUUCGCGUUGCCGACAGCUUGGCUCCGAUCGAACAGUUUGUAAGCAGCGCGCAACAGGCCUCACGACACCUAGCCAUGCUGCUGGUCGACAGUCGCAGCCGAGGGCAAUACGGCGGCACCGGUGAGACGGCCGACUGGAAGUUGCUAGCCCGACACAGCGACCAUCCCGACUGGCCCCCCCUGGCGUUGGCUGGAGGGCUGACGCCUGAGAACGUCGCUGAGGCCAUCCGCCAGGUUCGUCCAGCCGCGGUGGAUACGGCGAGUGGUGUGGAAUCGUCUCCCGGGCGGAAGGCCCCCCAACAGGGCAUCGCAGGCUGGUUGCUGCCCGGGGAAUUAAGUCAGGAAGCUUGCAUUCGCACAGGGAACGGAUCGGUGCCGUGGCGAUCUCGAUGUGGCCAUGAACUCGUUGGGGAGAAUGCUGUGGCGCAAGUUGAUACCAAGCUGCCGUACAAGGUCAAAGAUCUUUCGUUGGCCGAAUGGGGACGUAAAGAGAUUGAGUUGGCUGAAAACGAAAUGCCAGGCCUGAUGGCGCUUCGUGAAAAGUACGGCAAGGACAAACCGCUCAAAGGCGCCCGAAUUGCAGGCUGCCUGCACAUGACCAUCCAAACGGCCGUGCUCAUCGAGACACUGGUCGAGCUCGGUGCCGAAGUCACCUGGAGUAGCUGCAACAUCUUCUCCACGCAAGAUCACGCUGCCGCGGCCAUCGCUGAGGCUGGAGUGCCCGUGUAUGCCUGGAAGGGCAUGACCGAGGAAGAGUUCGACUGGUGCAUCGAACAGACUCUGCACUUCCCCGACGGCGAACCGCUGAACUUGAUCCUGGACGACGGUGGUGACCUGACGGCCAUGGUCCACAACAAGUACCCGCAGUUGCUCGAAGGGAUCAAGGGUCUCUCUGAGGAAACCACCACGGGUGUCCACCGCCUGUACCAAAUGCACGCCAACGGCGAGCUGAAGGUGCCGGCCAUCAACGUGAACGACUCGGUGACCAAGAGCAAGUUCGACAACCUCUAUGGUUGCCGCGAGUCGCUUGCCGACGGCAUCAAGCGAGCCACCGACGUGAUGGUGGCCGGUAAGGUCGUGGUCAUCGCCGGCUAUGGGGACGUCGGUAAGGGCUGUGCACACUCGAUGCGUUCGCUGGGUGCUCGGGUAAUCGUCACCGAGAUCGACCCUAUCAAUGCCCUCCAGGCACUGAUGGAAGGUUACGAAGUGACCACCAUGGAAGAGGCCGCCGCACGCGGAAACAUCUUCGUCACCACGACCGGCAACCGCGACAUCAUCACCGGUGAGCACAUGAAGGUGAUGCCGCACGACGCGAUCGUCUGCAACAUUGGCCACUUCGAUCUCGAGAUCGACAUGGCUUGGCUAAACAGUCAGAAGGACGUGAAGAAGGUCGAGAUCAAACCGCAGGUCGAUCGCUACACCUUCCCCGAUGGCCACGCGAUCCUCAUCCUGGCCGAGGGUCGGCUGGUGAACCUCGGCUGUGCCACUGGGCACCCGUCGUUCGUUAUGUCGAAUUCGUUCUCGAACCAGGUCAUCGCUCAGCUGGCUCUGUGGCAAGAGCCGGAGAAUUACCCCCUGGGUGUCCAUGUGCUGCCCAAGGAGCUGGACGAGGAAGUGGCCCGGCUGCACCUUGACCAGCUGGGAGCCAAGCUCACCAAGCUGACAAAGGGGUCGGAGACCCUAAACACCAUGGCCGACAUUCAAGCAUUCCGCGGACUACGAUACGACCUGGGACACGUAGGCUCGCUGAGCAAUGUGGUGGCCCCGCCGUACGACGUCAUCGACGACGCUCUCCGCGACCGGCUCUACAACCAGCAUCCGGCCAACGUCAUCCGACUGAUCCUCAACCGGCCGGAGCCGGGAGACGGGGAAGGUGACCAGUACAAGCGGGCUGAGAAGUUCUUCCGUCGGUGGCAGGAAGAAGGCGUCCUGUUCACCGAGCCCGACCCCGCGGUGUAUGUCUACCAUCAGGUGUUCGAGGUCGAAGGUGAGCAGCACACUCGGCGGGGGUUUAUCGCCGGGGUGCGUCUCGAGCCGUUCGGCGAGGGUCACAUCUACCCGCACGAAGAGACCAUGCCUGGUCCCAAGAAGGAUCGCCUGGCCCUGACCAAAGCCACACGUGCGAACCUCAGCCCGAUCUUCGGCCUGUACCCAGACCCCGAGUCGGAAGCACAGGAGCUCCUCGAGGCCUCCGUGGCCGGUAGUGCUCCGCUGGAAGCCACGGAUCACCUGGGAGUCGUCCACCGCAUCUGGCCUGUGACCGACGUAAAGCUGAUAUCCCAACUCGCCGGCGUGCUGGGCUCCAAGCCCAUCUUCAUUGCUGACGGACACCACCGCUACGAGACCGCCUGCAACUACCGCGAGUCUCUGGAGACCGACGGACCGCUCGAUGCGGGCCACCCAGCGAACUUCGUCCUGAUGACCUGCGUGGGCAUGAGUGACCCCGGCAUGCUGGUCCUGCCUACGCACCGGCUGUUCCGUGGAGUACCGUCUCUGAGUAGCGAAGAACUUCAGCACAAGCUGGGUGAGUGCUUCGACACCAAGGUAGCCGGCGAGGGGACCGACCUGGCCACGAUGCUGUGGGAGCAGAUCUCCGCGGAAGACGACCAACACACGGUGGGACUCUACACGGCUAAGGACGACCGCUGGAUCGUGGCCACGCUGAACGACACCGGUGCCCAGCGACUGGCCGAGGUGGCCUCUGACCGUAGCGAAGUCUGGCGGGGUCUCGGCGUGAGCAUCCUGCACCGUCUGAUCGUUGAGACAUUGCUCGACGCGAAGGACAUCCCGAAGCCGACUUUCGUUCACCAAGUCGACGAGGUGAUCGAACAUGCCGACUCCGGAGAGUACCCGCUGGCGGCUCUGGUCAUGCCCGCCACGCUGGAUCACAUCCAGAAGAUCAGCGAACUCCGCGAACGCAUGCCAGCCAAGAGCACCUACUUCUACCCGUCGAGUUCGCGAUUGGCAGCGACUAGCAGCGUGCCGCCGGUCGCCCGGGACAAAGUUUAUCAGCCGGGAAGCGAUCCGUUGAGCCGCAUUCUGUGCGUGGCAAAUCAGAAGGGCGGUGUCGGCAAGACGACCACGGCCAUCAACCUCGCCACCGCGCUGGCUUGCGGCGGGACCAAGACAUUACUGAUUGACCUCGACCCUCAGUGCAACGCCACCGGAGGGCUGGGACAGAAACCAACCGAACAUCACCCCUUGGUCUCACGCGAACCCUUGAAGCAGUCGCUCCGCAGCACUCCGACGCCCGGCCUGGAAAUGCUGCCCGGCAGCCGCAGCUUCCACGACGUAGAACGGUUGGCCUCAGCCGAUGCGACGCAUGCAGCUACGCUUCGCCAGCACCUGGCCAGCGGACUGUCUUCUUACGACUACGUAAUGAUUGACUGCCCCCCGUCGCUCGGCCCGCUAACCCGCACAGCACUGUCCAGCGCAACCGAAGUAUUGAUGCCGAUCCAGUGCGAGUACUUCGCCAUGGAAGGGCUCACCCAGAUGAUCGAGGUCAUCCGCGAGGUGAUGAGCAUGCCCGAGAGCCGGCUUCAAUUCGGGGGCAUCGUCUUGACGAUGUACGACGACACCUUAGAGCUGACCCAAGAAGUCGAACGUGAGGUCCGCGAGUUUUUUGGUGAGAUUGUGUUCGACACAUUUAUUCCACGCGAUGUGGCAGUGAGUGAAUCACCCAGCCACGGAGUGUCUGUACUCGACUAUCAACCCCGUGCUCGCGGAGCCGAGGCCGCGCCGGCACCGCAGGCACCGCCGCAGCAACCUCCGCAAGCACCGCCUCCAGUACAGCCAGAACUCCGCGUGGUGGGUGCCGACUCGGACGGUAGCGGACUCGAAGAGAUCAGCGUCUACGAGAUCGACAACAACCCGUUCCAGCCGCGGCAAGAUUUCAACCAGGCCGAAAUCGAAGCCCUCGCCGAGAGCAUCAAAGAGCAUGGACUGCUGCAACCGAUUGUGGUCCGUCGCGUCAACGAUCGCUAUCAACUCAUCGCUGGCGAACGACGCUUGCGUGCCGCCACCAAGGCCGGCCUGCAGCAUGUGGCCGCGCAGGUGAAGUCGGCCGACGACCGCCUGGUGGCCGAGUUGGCCAUCGUUGAGAACUUGCAACGCAAAGACCUCAACCCGUUGGAAAAGGCCGCCUCGUUCCAGAAGUACUUGAGCACCUACGGCGGAACCCAAGAAGAGUUGGCCGGCCGUCUCAAGGUGAACCGCUCGACGGUGGCCAACCUCAUCCGUCUUUUGGAACUGCCCGAAGAAGUUCAACAGGCACUUCACACCGGCGGCAUUACUCAGGGUCACGCGCGAGCAUUGCUGCCGCUUGGUGAUCAGCACCAGCAGGUCGCCUUCUCGAAACGGAUCUUUGUCGAGCAACUCAGCGUUCGCGAGACCGAGACGCUGGUCAAAGAGAUGAUCCAAAAAGAAGACGCCAAUCCGCUGUCGGUUGUCUCUGAAGAGGGUGAUUCGCAACCGGCCAAGCCGCGUGCCAGCAGCGAGCACCUGCAGUCGCUCGAGCAGCAGUUCCGCACCGCGCUGGGCACCAAGGUCGACAUCCGCCAGGGUGCCAAAGGCCGCGGUCGCAUCGUGAUUAACUUCGCCAAUCACGAUGAGUUCGAACGUCUCAUGGAUCACAUCUGCCAGGGCCAGCAGAACCAACCGGCAGCCGAGGCCGCCUAG